UUUGGCUGUCAUUGCAAGUUUUAGUAUCCACACACACUACCAUGAUAUUUUUGUGUUUUUAAAUUUGAUGCGAGAAAGUUUUUACCUGGUCUAGGGAAUUUUAGAUAAAAUGAAAGAUUAUUUUCUUACAAAGUGAAAAAUUGUUUUCUGGCCCCAACUUAUUUUUCUCCUUUGCUAAAGCUUGGGAUACGCGUUUCGUUUUUAAGUUUUGGAUGCUAUUAGCAAAAUUAAAACUGUCAAUGAAAAAUGACACAAUUACAACAAGAAAAAGAUACUGUUGAUAUCAACUUGACUCCACAAGAACUCCAGAUUCUAUCAGAACUUGAUAGUCGUCAGUAUGGGUUCUUGCAACUUAACAGCCCUGAACAUGCUACAAAGAAAAUGUUGGUUGUGAAGGCAAUACAAUAUUUAGAGCGAAUGCUGAGUCAAGCUCACCAGCAGUUGAAAAAUGAAUCAGAGAAUCCAGAUAAGGGAAUCAAUAUUGAUCCCAAAACAUAUUGCAAACUGGGCCAUUUUAACAUUCUUAUUGAAGAUUAUCCUAAAGCAAUGUCUGCCUACCAGAAAUUCCGUUCUCUGAGAACUGACCAUUGGAGGGAUACCAACUAUCUCUAUGGCCUUGGACUUGUUUACUUUCAUUUUAACUCUUUUAAUUGGGCGAUCAAAGCGUUUCAGCAACUGCUGUACAUUGACCCGGUCUAUUGCCGGGCUAAUGAAGUACACUUGCGGCUCGGCUUGAUUUUCAAGGUUACCGGCGAGUUGGAAUCGUCGCUGAAGCAUUUCCAGCUUACCUUGAUCGAUUCGGCCCCGUGUUCUCUCAGCCAGCACGAAAUCCGAUUUCACAUUGCGCACCUGUACGAGGUCUCCAACCGGAUCAAAACUGCAAAAGAACAAUACGAACAGCUGCUGCUGGAAAAACAACUGCCUCCACUUCUCAGAGCUGACAUCUACCGGCAAUUAGGCUGGAUGCACCACUGUGUUGAAUCGCUUGGUGAACGAAAUCAACGCGAAUUACAGGCUAUCCAGUACUUGCAACAGGCAAUCGAAGCGGAUCUCAAAUCCGGACAGAGUCUCUAUUUGCUCGGACGUUGCUACGCCUCCAUCGGCAAGGUCCACGAGGCCUUUUUAGCUUACCGCAACUCGGUAGACAAAACCGAGGGCAAUGCGGAUACCUGGUGCUCCAUCGGAGUCCUUUAUCAGCAGCAGAACCAGCCUAUGGACGCAUUGCAAGCCUAUAUAUGCGCUGUACAACUAGAUAAAAAUCACUCCGCCGCCUGGACUAACUUAGGUAUUUUAUACGAGACAAGUAAUCAACCGCGAGACGGUCUAGCGUGUUACGUUAACGCUGCUCGAGGGAGUGCGAGUAAGAAUCACGGCAAACCCGUACACCCCAAUUUACUCCAGAGGACAAAGUUUCUUCAACAACAGCUGGAGGGCGCUCCAACCCCUACAUCGUUCAACAAGCCUAGGUUGCUGCCUUCUAUUGAAGACGCUUGGAACUUGCCCAUCACCGCCGAGAUGAAUUCCAGACAGCAGCAAUUGCAACAGAGAGGAGCGGCUGGCCAGGGUGUCUUUCCUCGAGGUCCAGGAUUUGUUGAAGGUCCGUCACAGACCAAACGUUUUAAAGUGGAAGGAUCAGUAGAAGGUCCUGUGCCUCGACCUCCGUUGCCUCCGUUCUACCUGACGUCGCAGCAACUCCAGAUGCUACAAUAUCUACAGCAGAACCAGAACAGCCUCACGCCACAACAGCAACAGCUACUUUUGCAGCUUCAAAACCAUUAUAGAAUGAUGCAGCAGCAUCAGCAACAGUUGCGACUUCAGCAACAACAACAACAACAGCAAAUGAUACGAACUGGGCAGCCAUUUUCUCCUAGGCCUCAAGGGCCUUUUCCUAUUGGUACCCUACCCCAGCAGCAGCAACAGAAUUUUGCGAGAGCAGCCGUUCCUCAAACGUCUUCAGCCCAACUUCCUCAACAACAACAACAGCAGCCUUACAUGUCGUGCCCCCCCGCUCUCUCAUCUCCAUCGGGAGUGAGCGAUCAAGAGUUGCAGGCUUUAUUAUCGCAAAAGGACAUUGCUGCCACUUUGGCUGAAGAUCUAUUAAAGCAGUUUGCUCAAGAAGGUGAAUUAGAUUUAGAGCAGCCACAACCCGUUGUGGCACCAACCACAUCUUUACCAACAGCCCAACCAACCACCAACAUCGUUCACAACCCACCAUCCAAUAUUCGCAUUGCCCUAGAACCAACGCCCGUCUUGGCCAUUGGUGGCCCUAUGGGCCGUUCUUCCACUCCCCGCAACCGUGUUGCUCUUAAAGGCCGUGGCUAUUCGAAAAUCAUGGAAGAUGCAUCAGAUACAGAAGAAGAAAAAUGCCAAUUGAGCAGCAGUGAUUCGAGUACCAGCCAACUCAAAGAAGCUAACAUUAAAAUGUCAGCUCGUGAAGUUUUAGAUUCAUGUCGCGGUGCCGUUGGUUUCCAGGGAUUGCGCCGUUUCCACAUCUUAUCAGUCAACUUACCUCCCCCUCAGCCACCCGAGCCACCUGCAAUCAAGUUGACUCGUGAGCAACUCUUGCCUCCUACGCCGAGCGUUUACUUGGAGAGUAAGAAAGAUGCGUUUAGCAUCCAGCUGCAGGAGUUUUGCCUGACACAUCCUAUUGCCGUCGUGCGCGGCAUGGCCUCUGCCCUCAAAAUGGAUUUGGGAUUAUUUUCGACGAAAACGUUAGUGGAAGCUAAUGCCGAUCAUCCAGUGGAGGUGAGGACGCAACUGCAACAACCGCCCGAUGAAAAUUGGGAUCCGACAUUGAGUCGCCGAGGAUGGGCGUGUAUUUCUCAUCGAUCCAUCACUACGAUUGCCAAGUAUGCUCAAUACCAAGCCUCGAGUUUCCAGGAGAGCCUCAAGGAGGAACACGAAAAGAUGAGCAGCGGAGGACAUCCUGUUGGAGGUCAUCGCCUGGAUUCCGACUCUGAUUCAAAAGACUCUGUCGGAACUUCGGCUCGUGGAAUGGGUCUUAAGAAAGGCCGUGGCAAGCACGGCUACAAGACUAUCAAGUUUGGGACCAAUGUCGAUUUGUCGGACGAAAGAAAAUGGCGCCCACAGCUCCAGGAGCUAAUGAAAUUGCCAGCUUUCGCUCGUGUUGUAUCGGCCAGCAACAUGCUCACGCAUGUCGGUCACGUUAUCUUGGGCAUGAAUACUGUCCAGCUUUACAUGAAGGUGCCGGGUAGUCGAACGCCUGGCCAUCAGGAGAACAACAACUUCUGCUCCAUCAACAUCAACAUCGGGCCCGGCGAUUGCGAGUGGUUUGGCGUGCCCGAAUCUUAUUGGGGGGCCAUUCACAACCUAUGCGAGAAGAACAACAUAAACUUUCUUCAUGGAUCGUGGUGGCCAAUGAUGGAAGAUUUACUAGAAGCAAAUAUUCCUGUUUAUAAAUUUUUGCAACGGCCUGGCGAUGUAGUGUGGGUGAAUUCCGGCUGCAUCCAUUGGGUACAAGCAAUCGGUUGGUGCAAUAACAUUGCGUGGAACGUCGGUCCACUAACCGCCAGGACGUACCAACUGGCCAUUGAUCGCUACGAAUGGAACAAGGUGCAAAGCUUCAAGAGCAUCGUACCUAUGAUUCACCUAUCAUGGAACUUGGCGAGAAACAUCAAGGUUUCAGAUCCGAAACUAUUCGAACAUCUUCGAAACACUCUAAUGAAGACCCUACGCCACACCCAGUUAAUAACACAAUUUGUGCGCUCGAAAGGAGUGCAAGUUCGUUUUCAUGGACGAGGCAAGAACGAAGCUUCACAUUAUUGCGGUCAAUGCGAAGAGGAAGUGUUCAACAUGCUCUUCAUUAAAGAGCAAGAAAAGAAGCAUGUGGUUCAUUGUUUACACUGCUCUCGCAGGCAUAGUCCUAACUUGGAAGGCUUUGUCUGUUUGGAAGAGUAUCAUCUGGAGGACUUGAUCGAGACCUAUGAUGCUUUCGUCUUACACCCGCUCAAUGCACAAAUACAGCAACCGCCGACACCAGUGCCCGCAACAUCUGGAACUUCGUUGUUAUCGUGCUGAAGAAAACGAAACUUUAGUGUUACAGACUUUCAUAAAGUUGUAAUUGUAACAUGAUUGAUUGUAAGGUUCAAACAUGUUUCGUUGGGAAGGCGUUGAAACUACUGCCACUCGACAGCAGGGACCCUUUAAUUUUCUCACGUCGGAUAUGAAUUUGUAGCAUGUCCUUUCUUGGCUCUGCCUCAAUCCUGAAGAAUGAUUUGACCCUCCUUUUAUUUUUGUGAUAGUUUUCACCUUUUAUCCUGUUCUGACCGGAUUUCGUGCUUAUGAAUUUUUACGAGGCCUAAUUGAAAAAUUGUAAAAAAACAAACAAACAAACAAAAUAAGCAUAAAUGACUGCCCUUCUGUUUGUCCCAGGAAUUCCGUGUACGUCGGAAUUCAGUAAUGUUUGAUUUUGGAAAAGUUCUUUUUGUGGACGCUUCCAUGUCACACUUCUUUUUAAAAUUUACUUUGUCUCUCUAGGAGUGAAAAGAUCGUAAUGGAAUAGCUACCAUUCAGUGUAGUUGAAUCUAUAUUUCAAUCCCUUGUAAGGACUACUACUACGAAUUGAAUAAAGAUCUCCCAGAUAACUCCACCUCCCUCCCUUUUUCCCCUCCGAUAUAUCGUGUCUUGUACCUCUUUAAGGAGAAGACCAUGCAUGUGUUCAGAUGGCACUGCCAGCUAUAAUGAAAUUCUGUGUAAUUUUGCUCUGAUCCUUUUGUGUAAAUGUACCCGUUAGCCAAAUGAUGUUGUGCAGCAACUUCAGAUACCAGGAAUUAUCUUCAUUUACAGCUCGUGGUGGUGUUUUCCUCAUCCACAAAUGGGCCCAGUCUGUUCAUAUUUUUCUGUCUAUGCAAAGUUGCUCUGCACGCGCAUUCAAUGGACACGAUGCACAAGCACUUUCUCGUUACUAUGUUAUUAUUCCCCUGUUGCAGUGGAUCCGUUUAGUUGCUCAACCAUACAGCCCAAAAACAUGAGGAAUUCUAAUUACCCAGUCUUUAAUCUAAAUUUAGAUUAAUUCGACACAUUCCUCGUUGCUGUCUGCACUUGGACAAUACACUGCGCGUUCGAUUGAAAACGAUCAA